AUGUUUGUAAUCCGCAAGUAUAAUGGUGUUCACUCUUGCUCGUUAGAAAAGCGUUCAGCGAAGCACAGGCAAGCAACGUACUCCGUUAUUGGAAGUUGCAUGAAAAACCAAUUUAUAGGCGUGAAACAGGGUCCGGUUCCGAAAUCAAUUCAGAAAUAUGCCCGUGACGAAUUCGGGACGGACUUCAGUUAUUACAAAGGAUGGAAGGCUCGUGAGCAUGCACUUCAACUCGUAAGAGGUACGGCCGAAGAAAGCUUCACUAAGCUCCCAUCAUACUUUCAUAUGGUGUCUCUUACUAAUCACGACAGCAUCACCAAUAUUCAUUUUGAUGAACAGAACCGUUUUAUCUAUCUUUUCCUAGCAUAUGGACCUUGUAUACGAGGUUUUGGUUGCAUGAGGAAAGUUAUCAAUGUUGAUGGAACGUGGUUGAAGGGAAAAUUCAGAGGUACGUUGUUAGUUGCCACUGCACAGGAUAGUGAACGUCAUUGUUAUCUAAUCGCAUGGGCCAUUGUAGACUCAGAGAAUGAUGCAUCCUGGACAUGGUUCUUCUCGAACUUGAAGGCCUACCGCAUUGACGAGUUUUCUGUCUUGUUUGAUGAGUUGUUUGCAAGAUAUCCUAGUGUUGCUAGAUACCUACAGGAGCAAGUUCGUUUUGAAAUGUGGUCUCGUGCUCAUUUUAAAAGAAAUCGAUAUAAUAUUAUGACCACAAACAUGUCUGAGUCAGUUAAUGCAAUGCUCAAAGAUGUUCGAGAUUACCCUGUCAUUGCCCUCUUUAAUUUUAUACAAGCGAAGAUGUCAGAGUGGUUUAAUAACAGGCGGGUCGAAGCUUCUAAAACUAAAACAUUAUUAACGCCAAGUGUGGAAAAAACUCUUCGUGAGAGGCACAACAAAGCGGGAUUUCUAACGGCCACAAGACUUAAUACUGUUGAGUUCCAAGUGACAGGUGGAGAGGCCACUGCAAUUGUCGACAUUGGAGCGAGGAGUUGCACUUGUCGUAUGUUCGACCUUGAGCAGAUACCAUGCGAGCAUGCAAUAUCAUGUUGUAGAGAAGCAGGUAUGUCACUCUAUGAUUUAUGCUCAAAAUACUACAGGACAGAAGUUUGGGCUCUUGCGUAUGCUGAGAUAAUCUAUCAUGUGCCGGAUACUUCGCAAUGGGAUAUUUCGAAUCACGUAAAGGAAGUUCGCCUUCUUCCACCGCGAGUUGUACCAAAGAGGGGUAGGCCAAAGCAAAAACGCAUUCCCAGCAUAGGUGAGUUCACACAAAGACAAAAUCGAUGUGCUAGGUGUAGGCAAUAUGGACACUAUCAGAAGAAAUGUAAGAAUGCACUGAUGUAA